AGGUUGAAGCUGCCCCUGGUGAACACUUCUCAUCUCCAAAACGGCAGAACCAACUCAGGGCCCAGAACCAUUCAGACAACUGACAAAUCUCACCUUCUAGCAAAGGAGUGGAUGCAGGGCUGCUGACAGCUGGAUGUGUCUAAGUGUUGAAUUUGACGAAGGUGACAAUACAACUAUUUUGACGGCUCUUUGUCUUUUUGGAUCCUGGAAUUUCCCACUCAUUUUGAUUAAAAUAAAGUUUUGCUCAAGAAUGGAGAAGGCCCCUGGUUUGUCAGAUCCUAAGACAAGGAGGCAGAUGAAUUAUUUAGGUCAGAAUACAGAGAGCCUUGCAUCUUUUUUAUUCAAGAUAGUGGCAGGAUGGAGGGGCUAGUAUGGUGUGUCUGGGGUGUAGAGGACAUGGUUUUUGCUGAAGCGUGUGUGGGUUUGGUAGGGAAAAAGGAAGAGAUGGGUCUGGAGAUUUGCAGGUUGGGGGUUCUGUCAUUUGUCCCAUUGACUAUGUGAGCAGCUGCAGGGAGGAUUUGAGCAGAAGGGACAGAGCCUCUACUUGAACGAUAUCCCAGCCACCUCAGUCUUCUCUUGUCUCUCCUUCCCCUGUCCUGAUCUAUCCAAAUGCCUUCAGCCACAUCACUUUCCCCAUGGUGUCUCCCUCUCCGCCCAAGAAUGGAUAGUCUUGGGAAGAGGGGAGGCAGCUAGGUCAACCCAGGCCAAGGAUGGGAAUAGAGUUGGCAUUAAGAAGAGCAUCUCAUCUAUGCUCCUGGCAGGCCCCAGAAGCUGGGCUGUUGGACUGAUGGCCAUGGGUAAACCUCUAGGAAGAGGGUCUAGGUGUCAGGCACCAUCAGGAUCCAGGGGCAGCAACAUCUCCCAGAGCAGUCGAGGUGACUCCAACUUCAGGAGUUUGCUCCAAAGCGGUGUCCACACUGCAAUUCUUUCCAAAGGAAACAUUGGUCAAUGUCUGGAGGCAUUCUAAGUUGUCGCAAUCGGGAAGUGAAUGUGAUUGGCAUCUAGUGGGUAGAGGCCAGGGAUGCUGCUAAACAUCCCACAGUGUACGGGAAAGCUCUGCAAAAGAGAAUUAUCUGGCUCAAAAUGUCAAUAGCACCAAGGAUGAGAGGCCCUGCUCCAAAGCUGUCUUCAGACACAGCAGAGAGACAUGAGGCCUCCACACCAUCUCCCCAGACCCCUGGCAGCCCAUUCCCAGGUCAGAAUAUCCUUCUCCAGAGGCAGUUCUGGGAGGGGGCACCAGAGUUUGCGAGUUCCUAGCAAUGACACUUUCCAGCAGGAGAGCAGGGGUUGGGAGAUGGGGAAUGCAAGUGUAAGGAAAUGAGACUUCAGCUCCCCCCACCAUCACCACCACUCAGACCCAUCCAGCAACCAGGGGUGCUGCACACGGGCUUCUCGUUGGUUUCAGCACUUCAGACAACCUGACACUUGAAGGAGUUAGGCAACACUGACUGGCCCAGGGUAGCUGGGGGAACUCUGGGACCUGAGAUCUGCCUCAGCAAUCUCCAACACCCCAAGAGCUUUGCGUAAUUCAUAGUUCUUACUUCCCCAGCCACACAGAGAGCAAGUGUUAGCCAGCCUCCCAGGGAGGGGUGUGUGUGUGUGUACCUGCACACAUACAGAUAGGACAAGACUCACUUUAGCAGAAGGAAACCUGCCUUGGGAGUCACCCAUCUCCACUUGUCUGUCUAUGGCCUCAGCUCUCUGGGGACUCCAGUUCAACAUUUCUGGAAGCCAAUAACCUCUCCUUUCAUCAGAUGCCCAGUGGGUGAGGUGGGGGCAGGGUGGCAGGGGGCGCUGGUAAUGCAAUGAGACAACAGCCUUUACAUGCGACCAAACUCUGAGCCACUGUUAUUGGGGGAAGACCUUCAGAAUCUCAGGGUGUGGCUGUGACAUGUCUCCUGCUUCUCUGCUCCACCAGUCACUUCUCACUCCCUCUGUCCCUUUACUUAUCCUUAAAAUGAAGUAAGGGUGAAGUAUUUCCUACCUACAUGUGAAGGUAUUACCCACCAUGUGAAGACCACUUUCUGUACACCAGGUGCCUUAUAUUCAUGCCAUUCUCACAAGAGCCAUGUGAGAAAUUUUUAUCAACCCAGUGAUAAGGGUAAGAAGGUGGAGGGGAAAUGGCUGGUCCAAGGUCACACAGCCAGGAAGUGAUGGAACUGGUACUGGAAUGCAGUCUAUGUGACACUGGCUCCUCCAAGGAGAAUCUGGGAACUCUCAGGGCCAUGCUACAAGGUGGGGUCCAUACACUCCAAUGUGGGGAGGGCUCCCAGAGCAAAGGCCUCCAUGUGGGGGGCAUUUAUUAACAGUAGAAACUCGAAUUAGAGGAACGCCCCCAGCAGGGUGGGCCGUUAGUGACCCGGGGUACCGGGCAGAAGCCUAUGUAAACACUCCUGAGACCUACAGCCAAACCCCUGCUGCUGUUGGCUGGGCAGGCCAGGCCGGGCUAAAAAUAGAAGGCUUCUCAGGUCCAGCUCCCUGUGCCCCAGGCUCCUCCUCUCCCCCUCCCUCCUUCCCCACAGGGCAGGAGCCAGGCUUCUAGAAGGAACAGAGACUUUAAGACUUUCGUUUCAGAUCAAAGAGGAUCGUUAGCCUGAUACUCAAUGGGCAUGUUCCAAGUUCUAGAGGGGCCGUAACUGGGGGGAGCUCCUGACUCCAAAACCCCACCCAACUCCCUCCUAGGGAGAGAGCUGUCAACCUCCAAAACCCACCCGGGGAACGAGGGAGGUCGAGGCCAAAACUUGGCCAAUUUCUGCACAUCUUGCAAUUCAAUCUGGAGCCCCUUUGCUGUCUUUCCUUUUCCUGAACCUACUCUCAAUGUUGACAGCACUGUGCGAUUUCUGUAUUUGCCAGAGGCUUCUCGUGGGAGGUGGGCUCCGGGCCCUCUCGGGAACCCUCCGGAGACCGUGGGGAUGAGGCAGCGCUCAGCCAGAGAAGUCCUGGAGCCCAGGACCAGCGCUUCAAGUGCACCGAGCGGGAGGCAGGGGCGCAGGGAGGGAGGCUCUGGACCGGCCGCCUCUGCCGACUAUGGCCCCGGUGCAGGUCAAGGCUUGGGCCUGGGGAUUUCCUUUCAAAGGUGACUUAGAACAGCUUCAUUAGGGUAGCGCCCUCCCAGGAGGGCCCUAAUGGCGUGUUUGGCAGAGUCAGCGAAACGCGGCGCCCUGCAGCUCCAGCGGCGGGGGAGCGCCCUCUCCCGCGCCCUCGCCCUCUCCCGUGUGGGGCAGCUGCGCGCACGGGGCCAUUUGCAGCGCAAGCAGCCUAGUGUGCGGCCGCGGCGCCCAGGUCGGAAGGGAGGCGGCAUCAUGGAGCUGAAGAAGGACAUCAACGCCGUAUCUAUCGACAUGCUGCUGAUCGUGCACUCGGAGAAGCGGCGCGCCGCACAGGGCACGCACUCAGACCAACAGGCGGACCCGAGCGCGCUGCUGCAGCGCCGAGGAGGAUUCCAAGGCAUUGGAAAUGGAGUCCGAAGAUGGCAGAAAUUAGAAGGAAAUGACCUUCACGAAAACUUGGUGGAGAAGCAGCACCCUCAGCAGCCCCAGGUGAUCACUUCCUACGACAGUCAAGGGACACAACUGACUGUGGAAGUCCAUCCUCGAGAUGCCAUGCCCCAGCUACUCAAGAAGUUCUCCUUGGCUAAACGUUUACAAGGUGAUAAAAAUGGAAACACAAGACCCCGGCAACCUGGAGGGAAAGAUGCCCAUGCCUACCCUUGGGAUCGAUCCAGCCUGAAAUCCAUGUCCCUGGACCUGCGGCAGUUUGAGAAACUGGAUCUCUAUGCCUCACAGGUGACAGCCAAGAGUGGCCUAGACGAACUGGUGAGUGACCUGCUCCAGGAGGCCCACACUGACCUGGAAAGGGUCCGUGCCAUCUGGAUCUGGAUCUGCCAUCACAUAGAGUACGACAUUGCAGCUGCUCAGGAGAAGGACCGCCAAGCCUUCAAACCCACUGACAUCCUGCGGACCCAGAAGACCAACUGUGACGGCUACGCUGGCCUCUUUGAGAGAAUGUGCAGGAUCGCCGGAGUGCAGUGUAUGACCGUGCCUGGCUACUCCAAGGGCUUCGGCUACCAGACAGGGCAGAGUUUCUCGGGGGAGUUUGACCAUGCCUGGAAUGCUGUGUACCUGGAGGGAAGAUGGCACCUGGUGGACAGCACCUGGGGCAGCGGCCUGGUGGACACCACCACCUCCAAAUUCACCUUCCUCUACAAUGAGUUCUACUUCCUCACCCAUCCUGCACUGUUCAUCGAGGACCACUUCCCAGACAACAAGAACUGGCAGCUGCUAAAACCUCCUCAAUCUCUGAGGCAGUUUGAGAACAACAUGUAUCACAAGAGUGAAUUCUACAACAAAGGGAUGCUGAGUGCCCACCCGGAGACUUCCAUGAUCAGAACAGUGAACGGGAAGGCCACGGUCACCAUUGAGAGCUGCGCCCCAACACUGUUCAUGUUCAUGCUCAACGGCAAGCAAGAGCAUGGGCUGCUAAGCCUCAGGAAGAAUGGGAUGAAGUUGGAGGUGUACCCUCCAACCAUGGGCACUCACAAGCUGCAGAUCUUUGCCAAGGGCAACUCCGACAUUUACAGCUCAGUGCUGGAGUACACGCUCAAGUGCAAUUAUGUGGACAUGGGUGUCCGGCUGCCUGCUGAGCUUCACCAGCCCGUGGGCCCCAGCUGGUUCUCGGAGCAGAUGGGCAUCAUGAAGCCCUCCCACCCUGACCCUAUCAUCCACACCAGCGAUGGGCGCUGCUCCAUCAGCUUCAGCGUAGAGGAGGGCAUUAACGUCCUGGCUUCCCUCCAUGGGGAUGAUGGCCCCAUCACUGAGGAGACACAGCGGCGCUACAUCUUCCAGCUGCACUGGGAGAAGCGGACCGAGCUGAAAGUCCAGCUGCCCCAUGCCGGCAAGUUUGCCCUCAAGAUCUUUGUCAAGAAGAGGCAGGAACCAGGAAACUACAUCUUCGUCUUUAAUUACCUCCUAUGCUGUGCCAACACCAAGGUGAACUGGCCCAUGUUCCCUGAGAGCUUUGGCAACUGGGGGCAGGACAAUGAGCUGCUGGAGCCUCUGUCGGGUGUGCUUCCUGCCAACCGGAACAUCCCAUUCAAAUUGAAGCUGCACGGUAUUGCCAAAGUCUUGGUAAAGGGGCAGGACACAUGGCCCCUGACCCUGAACCACGAGGGCUACUGGGAGGGCAGCUGCAGCACAGCUGGCUGCCAGGAAGUCUAUGUCAUGGUGCUGGAGAAUGCCAACCACAACUUCUACUCCUACAUCCUGAAAUACAAAGUGAAUGCCCAGUGAGGCCUGUGACCCGGUCUUACCCUCCCAAAGGGCCAAGCCAGACCUCCCCAGGGAGGGCUCAAGGGAAGUGCAGGGAGCCCUGGACGCCACUGAGUCUGCAUGAAAUCCCUUCUAGGCCUCUGCCUCAGUGUCCCUCCUCUGAAACAGGAGCUGUGAUCUUUGUGUUCCGAAGGCUUCACUCAGGUGUGGCUGUGACUGAGGGGACAGAAGCAGUGGCUCUUUAGAAGAAAAAGGUGCUAUGUAAAUCUAAGGUAUUGUAAACUGUACACCUGCAUCCAGAUGCCCCUUCUCGUGUUAGUGCUGCUGUUGUUGUUGUUGUUGUAGGGCUGAUGUGGGAAAGCAGGGAUAUUGCCCAGGUUGACAGCUUUUCACAUGAUGCUUAAGAGAAUUCUCUUCUGUGCCCAAGGGGACAUGAUUUGCAAGGCUGAGUUGUCCUUGAAUCACAGAGCCCCUUUCAAGCAACAUCAUCAUGCCUCUCGACAGCUCCGGGCCCCCAGGGAAUCUUGGACUAUCUUCUCCUCCCAGACCUGAUCAUCUUCCGCAUCCUGCUGCUUCUUCGUUAGCUACUUCUUGUUCUUCAAGAGCCCUAGUAAAAGGGUGUGGUGAGGAAUCUAGCUGACCCACAACUGGCUGGAAGCUGAUCAUCUCCACCGUCCCUAAGUAUAGUCAGGAAUGUGACAACCAGAAAGUUGUGAGGAGACUCCAAAGCAAAGAGCAGCCCAUGCCCACUGUGGCUGUGCAGGUGGGAGGGACACUGUCGGCAGAGCUGCAGCCUGUGUCUGAGGGUGUAAGACCUCCAGCUCUGCUCUGAGAGGAGUGCACAGGGUAGUUAGUUCAGUCUAAGGCCUGAGUUGUCCUUCAAUCACAGGCCCUCGCAAAGCCUGGGUCUCAGGCCCCUGCCCCGCCUCCACAGGGAGCCUCCAGAGGCUGGCCAGGCCCUUGGGGAGCCUUGCAGAUAGCCGUGAAUAAGGACCUGGCCGCAGAUCAGGUGAGUAGUGCAGUGCAGCAAUGCUGAGGAGACUCACACCUUAACAGGGCUCUGCCUGCCCCCAGCGUCUCUACCAGCAAAGCCAGGGCUGGGAAGACUUCCAGCUGCACGGGAGCAGCUUUUGUGCCUGUCUCAGAGCAAACGUCCCAUCCCAUCUCCUUUCCUCCCUUCUCUGAGAAGAUACCCACCUCCAGUCUCACCUUGCAUGGGGACAGCUCAGGGCCCCUUGCUUGCUCAGGCCAGACUGAGAGGCCUCGGCUGCCCAGCUGGCCCUCAGCAGCGCCUCAGGCUGCCGUUGCCAUGGCAACGGAGGAAAGGCUGGCUUCAGCGAGGGCACAUGAGAGGGAAAGGCGAGAGAGGCCCCACAUGGCUACUGCAGAACCAUCCUGGCACACAGACACACUCCCUGCCGAACUCCUGGAUUCUCCAGCUCCAUGGCCCCUGGCUGUCCCAGUGCCCCCCACCCCUGAGAGCCAGCACUGCCUGGUACCUCUCCCCACUGCCCCUCCUCAGGCCUCCAGGCUCAGCCACAGCCAGGGCCAGCUGGGACCCUCACAGCUUCCUCCGUGGCAUUCACCCUCACAUCCCUGUAUCCAACAAAUGUCCAUGGGGUGCUUUGGUAAGUGCCAGAUGCUUGGGCUACAGAGGUGAACAAAGGGGGCCUGGCCAUCCAGAGCACAGGGUGAGGAAACUGCCAGGUGGCAGCAGCCUCCCUUGCCCAGGUCCUGACUGAAGAUCCAGGCUCCGGACACUUCUGUUCAUUAUCCCACGGGAUCCCUCCCCUAAAAGUCCCCACUGCCACCCAGCAGGGUGGCCUAGCCCAGAGCCAGCUCACAAAGGUGCCCAUCAUCCAACAGACCGGGGGCAUUGAGCACAAGGGGUGUCGCCCCUGGGGGACUGAACUGCCCUGGGCUGGUCCUGCGCCCUCCGCAGUCUCUGCCACCGAGGCCACCCAGCCAGCCUCGUGUCACUUACACCUGAAAAAUGCACAAAGGCCCCGGAGGCAUAACAGCUAUGCACCACCCCAGGGAAACAAGGGGAGUUUUACACUCUGAAAACAGCCUUCUUGCACACCUCUGAUUUUAUGGGCUGAAAGAAAUGUGUUUGUUUCAUCAAAAUAAUAAGUGCCUUGGAUGACGCAUGUCACUCACUGGACCCCGCGCUAGCUGCCUCGCCUAGUCCUGCUGGAGACCCCAUACCUUUUCGAUAUGUAAUAUAAUUAAUCAAUACAUCCUGGAGCAUGCAGAGAAUGCCACCCAGCAAAAUAGGAGCUGUCCCCAGCACCAGAGAGGGAGGCCCCGCCUCUCAAAGCACCGCAGGGCAUCGGCAAGCCCCUCCCUCUCAUUUAACCAAGGACCCCCUUUGUAAAGACAGCUGUAGGCGCAGUCAGAAAAUCACCUGCAUUUCUUUCCACUGAAGUAAAAAUACAUGAAAUGAAAUCUAAUCUUCAUGAAUUUUUACACGCAUGCUGCUCAGGGUAGACAUUCGGAGUUGCAUUUUGAAGGCUUUUCUUCAAAUCCCCAUCUUUGUUUCCCGGGCGACGAGUCCCAGUCGCCGGCGGAAUGGCACGGGCGCCCCCAGGUGUCCGAAGUGCGGAGCUGCCGGCUCUAUACGCCGCGAGGCCGCUCUAUCACCCGGCUUUUUACGCAGAACUUGAAAAUGCUGUGGAAAUGUUUAUGUUAAAAUCACUAGGUGCUUUCUCGUGGCUUCUCAGCGCUUCCUCAUGGGUACACGGAGGACAUCUUUGUCACGCACAAGCUGUGAAGGCAUCCUGGGGGGCAACCUGGUGUGUUGAAAAGACAAGGGAUGUGAUGGGACGGUUUUGCCUGGAAAUCACUUCUUGAAACAGAAGCACUGGACGUAGGACUGGAUGGAACAGCUGUGACUACACUCAUUACUAUACCAAUGAAGGAUUGGAACCGAUCAAACUCAGAGGGUAUCUGCUUGCAGUUCUCAGGAUGGCAGCCCCCAGGCCACAGGGCAGAAGGGAACCGAGGGUGGAGGAGUGGUGGGCAGAGGCACUACCACCAUGACUGCAGUUCACUUCUCUCCAGCUUGUUUCAGAAGUGCCACCAGCUCAGCUGGACUCCAUUUUCAAUCCGAUUAUGAUCAUUGUGAGUUCCCCAUAUGUUACAUUGUCCUACCAGGACAGCCUCCUCACUGCCUGCUGAGAUUAAAAGGAAAUAAAUAGACUAACUGAAGCAUGAAGGAUUUCGGCUAGACAUAAAGAACUAUUUCCUGUUGUUAAGCAGGAGGGACGAGUUGCCAAGAAAGUUUGUGAAAUCCUCUUCUCAAAGGACUUGAAAAGGAGAAAAGUUUUCCCAGUGGUCUGAGGUUUUAGAUGCCAUGUUCACUAGAAGGAGUGGGUUUUCUCUUCUCGAAACCAAUUAAUUCCUGAGAUAUCCUGGUCUGUCUGCAGCAAACAGAGAGUUAACAGCAUCACUACAUCAUUUGCUAUUGGCAAAAUUUUCAAAGAUGGUGUGCCUCUAUAGCCCACCUCGGUUUAUCUUAGGUCUAUAAUUUCUUUUCAUUUGGAGUAAGUAGUCAGCAAUUGAAAGAGGUGAUUACUUCUCAUAAUGUGUGCAUUGAGUUGUGUGGGCCGGUGGCUGUUAAGUAUGCUUUCCCCACGUUGUUGCUGGUGUUGUUUUUCAAUAAAAUUUAUAUUCAUUUUUAUCCAACAAUGUAAUUAUUGAUUCAUUCUUAUCAUGGAUCUCACAAGGUGGGGAAUGGAGAGAAACAGGAAAAACACUUUCAUGUUCAAAGGAAGCCUUAGAAAAAAAUCAAUGUCCCAGCCAGUUGAAUGUGACGGUGAGAUGCAAAUGGAAUGUCGGGUAAAUAGCUAUUUCACAUUAAAGAAAACAUAAUUAGGUUAGCUUCAGCCACUCUAUGGCUCACAUGCCUUUGAAGAACAUGAAGGCACUGUUUCUUUCAUUGAAUCUUGUUUAACUUGAAAAUUUUAAAGUCAAUCCUAAUUUAUUUUUAUAGUGGGAGAAAAAAAUUUACCAAAAAUGCCUAUCAGCCUACUUUUAUUUUGAAUGUAUAUAAAUAUGUAUUUCUUGAUAUUCAUAUACAUGCAGAAACUUUCCAGGGUUCACCUAAGCAGAUUAUUCAUAAAUUAGAUAUUUAGAGAAAUACAGAAAAUGAAAAUUCCAGACAUUUCUGAGAAGCUGCUGUAACCAUGGAGACCAUUCUCGUAGCUGUAGUGUGAAGGACAAAAAGAACUUGUGUUCCCAAAUCUGGCUUCGUCAUGUCUCUCGCUGCUAGAUCCACAAAAACGAGGCCCAGCAUGCUUCUCCUUAGGAAGGAGACCUGACAGCAUAUUAAGAGGAAGUCAGAAGAAACAGUCUUCCGCACAAAAGAAGGAGUAACUCUUGAGUUAUUAGAAUAGUCUGAAAAUGCCAUCCCCAAAGCUGGAGUGGAUGACCUCCAACGUCCCUUCCAGUCCGGAGAGUUUGUGAUGCCGUGUCUCUGUGAACAGAUGCUGGCAGGCAGUGGGCCUGGGGUUGUCAGUUACAGAACAUCUGAAGGGCCCUGCUGUGGAACAGCCGAAGGGCCCUGCUGUGUUAAGAGCCUGCCCCUGGAGCCCCUGGCAGACUGCACUGCUGGCUCCUCUCUUGCCUGAGGGCAAGGGGCUGGAGAAAGCCCAGCAGAGGGACCAAAGGGGAAGAACAGCCUCAGACAGGAUGUUGCUUCUGUCUGAUUUUGCAAGCAGAACUAAAGGAAACUGAAAGUUAACUGGGAUGUCCUCUUUGGGACAUCUCAGGCAUCUCCGAGUCAAAAGAUGCUAAACUGGAGUUACUUCUCUCCCUCAAAUUACUCCCAACUCCUCCUGGGUCCCCAGUUCAGUAAAUGCAUCCCUAUCCAACCAGAUAACUAAGUUAGGCUCAUGGCAGUUACUGGUGAUGAAACCCAGUCCCUUCUGGAUGUGUCCCACCUCCCACCUGCUCUCCCAACUCCACCUUCUCUCCUUUCCCAUGACCCGCUACAGCCCAGGUCCUCAUCAUCUCAGCUAUACUGUCUGUGUCUUAUACUUUCUAUGGGGAGAUGAAGCCUCUCGGCCCUAUUACUGUCCACACUGGCCUCCCAUUCGUAUAUUCUUAUCGCAACAGGAUGAUCGGGUUAUUAAGACAAGGUUUCCAAGAUAUCCUACCAGAAGAAGCUCACCAUCUCUGGAAAGACAUAAUUGGUAUUAGGUACUAGUGGGAAAGGUAGGUCUUCAAAGAAAAACUGGCUUUUAUAGGGAAUCGGGAAGAAGCCCUGUCUCCUCCUUUUUCUCUAAAGAAACAAGAUGCCAAGGCCACCCAGUCAGCCUCGUGUCACUCACACCUGAAAAAUGCACAAAGGCUCCAGAGGCAUAAUAGCUAUGCACUACCACGGGAAACAAGGGGCGUUUUACACCCUGAAAACAGCCUUUUUGCACAUCUUUGAUUUUACGGGCUGAAAGAAAUGUGUUGUGUUUCAUCAAAAUAAUAAGCACCUUCGAUGACGCAUGUCACUCGCCGGACCCCAUACUGGCUGCCUCGGCCUACUCCACUACUGGGUGAGGGUAUGCAGGGUAGCUCUUCGUACCACAGCCAGGCGGGGGACUCAACAGGGUGCAGGAGUGGAGCCCCACCUGCAGGUAAACAAGCUCCAUCUCGAAGCCAGACUCUCCACAUCCAUGGCUUCCAGUCUAUUUCCCUCCUGUCCUCCUGCACCAACAGCAGCACAGAUCAUAUGUUCAGAUGGGCCAGUUGUAUUCCCAGGAAAACAGAUGCUGAGACACAGUAGGAAUGCAAACAGUGUGCUGGAGGCAAUACCUGUGGAAGGCAAAAGGGAGGGGGGAAGCAGGAGGAGGCAGACAGAAGCUCAGACAAUGGUGCAAGACUGACCAAGUCCCAGCCAACUCAACAGGGAGUUCCAAAACAAAGAUUUUUAUUAGAGGUAUCUGGAGCUGUACAGAAAUGGCCAAGCCCUAGAGAAACCAUCAUGCUCAGUCAUUUGCAGGGGCUGCCUGGCAAGAGCUUGGUCUCAGUUCAAAAGCUCAGGCAGACCCUGAAGGUGCUAACAGCUGGAGACUCUCCGCUACCUACACUCCUUGCAGAGAAUCAGCAACUUCUUCCAGAAGGGAGACCUGUGCAGCACACACAAGUUAACUUGCCUAUGGUAUGGAGGGUUCAGGAAAGACUGGGUGAGGGUUCUAUGUGUGGAGUCAGCACACCCAAAGCCGUCUGGGAUCCGGCAGUCACUGAAGGGGCUUCACAAGAUGGUUUGUGGAAGGGACAGGGGCUUCUACAUAGGAUAAACAUGUACUCCAAGGGCCACCUGCAAGGUGCUGUGGACUAAUUUGAUGAAAGGCAGCUUCUUUCUUAUUUCUCCUUUUCUCCCUCCUACCCCUGCCAUCCAGGAAAACCUCAACACAACAGCCAAGAGGAUCGUUCCACGCUCCACUCUUACUUAAAACCGACCAAUGGUUCCCCAUUGCUCAGGGAUGAGACUAGACCCUCACUCUGGCCUCAUACUGCUUUCUUCACUUUGUGUCCUAUGACUCUCCCUGAGAGCCCCUUAGAAUCAUCAACCAUGUGACACCAGGCAGGCCGUGUACCUCCCACCAGCGUGCUUUAUACGUGCUGUCCCUUCUAGCCAGGACGCCUUUUCCUGCCUGAGGAAGCCCUGCCUGGCCUUCAUGGAUCAGGCCAGCCCACCACUCUGUCAGACCUUCCUGGUCCUCCCACUGCCCAAGCCAUGGGGAAUUAUCUGCCCAUCUUCCACGUUCAUGUCACACUUUGUUACUCAUCUGUUAAGCCAGAACCUUCUACAAGAUUCUGGGAUCGAGGAAAUACUUGGAGGUUCUGCCCCUUGGAUGUGAAUUCCUUGAAUACACAUGCUUUGGUUCUGCCCCUUGGCACACAGUAGGUGCUUGGUAAAUGCUUGGCAAGUGUUUCACUGGGAAAACUAAGAGAGGUUAGGAAGACAGGGCCAGGGAAGUACUAUGACCCAGCAGUCCAUAACCAUCCACUGAGCAUUUGUCAACGCGUGUUCCCAUUUCACCAGGGCUGGCCCGUGUGCUUUUUGUCCAACUCUGGAUGCCACAUCGUGGACACUGAGGAAGUAAACUCAAGAUUCUCUCAGAGGAGGGCCACAUCCUGGGGAGGGCUGGGAAUGUGGGGUGGAGUAACCACCCUGGAGGAGGCUGAGGAUGCAGCUAAUGGUGGUCUUCAAAGGAAGAGGCCCUUUACCAAGUCCAAUAUCUAAAAGAGGACACAUACUGACUAUUU